UCUCGGAUUGAAGACAAAAAGAUCUUCAUGAGCGAUGUUCGGUACUGCGUCAUCGACGAGGCCGACACUCUAUUCGACGAAGGAUUCCAUGUGCUGACAGAGAAGAUGAUCACGCCCAUCCUCAGAGCGCGCAAUGCUGCCGAUCACGCUAAGACGGUGUCUCAGAUGCAGUUUGUGGGCCAGAAGAAGGUUCCUACCACCCCUGCGAUCAAGCUCAUGGCCAGACCACGUAUGUUGUGUUGGUUGUGUGUCUUGGCAUGUAUAUGUAACGGGUAA